AUGGCACGGUUGCCGAAAUUCUUAAGGCUCGUGAUGUUGACGCUGGUUGCCGGAGGAAUCUGCGCGGCUGGAACUGCCUCAGGCGUCGACACAGCCUCGUCAAUGCCAGCACAACCAUCGUCACCACCAACACCAGCGGCAGCAGAGCCGGCAACGGUCGACAGCGAGAACAAGUUUCUGAAAUAUCUGUUCAACAAGUACGGCAGCAAGGGAGUGAUCUCCUUCGAGGGUUUGGAGCAUCUGAUGCACAGCCUCGGCUUGGGCGGGUUGGAUUUUCCUGGUUCGCAUACGCUCAAGGAGCACCGUCCGGAAGGGUACGACUUCGGAGAUUACGACGUCUUCGAUGGAGUGAAUCAGCAAGAUCCAACGGGUCGCAUACACCCACACCAGCACGAGACCGGUGCGACAGCGGAACCACCGGUGAUAACGUUCGCCAGUGCGCCCACCUCUUCAUCUAGCGGCGACCAGCAUCACCAUGCGACGCACUACGAGCACGUCCAUUCGGACGAAGAUCACGAGCAUAAUCACGGACACCCAGAGGUCGACGAACGGCCCACGAGUACCGUGAACAGCAGGAACAGUACGGCCACCGACGGCAGUACUACCCCCACCCGGACCGAGGUUCCUCCGAGGUCGGUCACAGCGUUCCGUGAGGCCAACCCGUCCGAUGACCACGUGUGGCAGGAAAUUAUCUUCAAAGACAUGCACGACCCGCGGCAUCGUCAUCCGCGCAACAAGAAUGUCCCGUACUGCCUGUCGCCGAGGUCCAUUGUGCAUCUGGUGAUGGAAGAGCCGAUGCUAGCCGCCAAGCAGGACAGUUUUCGACGAGCGCGUUCCCUCGCACACAAGCAUGCUCACGGCCCAGUGGGACACCACGAUGCGCACGAUGAUGAUGACGAUGAGGACGAGGAUCAUGACCACGGUGACGCACGAAUUGAAAUUACACCGUCCGAGUUUAAGGACCUCUGUCCGGCGUUUCUAGUGCAGCUCGAUCAGCGAGCCUGUUCACAGAAGCUGCAGGCGGAAGCAAACCCGCGCCGGGAGAAGAAACAACUAUUUGCGCAAGCUUGGAUAUACGCCUCCGCCUGUGUGCUGAUCAUCUCACUUUGCGGCCUGGUGGGAGUGGCGAUAGUUCCGCUGACAAAGUCCAUCGCGUACGACGACAUACUGCGCUUUCUGAUUGCCCUCGGUGUGGGGACAUUGAGCGGCGAUGCACUGAUGCAUCUGUUACCACACGCGCUGUUCCCACACGAUGAUUCGUCACACGACGACGACGACGAUCACGAUCACGGUCACGAGCAUGGUUCUGUCGGGUCAGACCAUCAUCAUCACGACGGACACUCGGCGGAAACACGCGCCAUGUGGUUAUGCUUAUGCGCCUUCGGGACGGCGUUCUUCAUGUACAGUCUCGAGAUGAUACUACCGCUCUUCCGAGGGGGAGAUGGACAUAGCCACCAUGGCCACUCGCACGGUGGGGGCCAUCCGCCAAGCAAUCGUGUCGAGCCGAUACACACUGCCGGCAACGGAACCGCUCAUCGUGGGGACGAUAUCGAGCUGGACAUGUCUGAACCGCGAUCGGCGGCCCGUAAGGACAAGGAAGAGGGUGCAAUGCUGGAGAAGAAGAGCACCAAAAGCAAACCGAUGGCAGCAGUCGCCUUUAUGGUGGUGCUUGGGGAUGGUUUGCACAACAUCACCGAUGGGCUUGCGAUCGGGGCGGCAUUCGCGGCCGAUCCGGUCACCGGACUGGCGAUCUCGUUUGCCAUUCUCUGCCACGAGCUGCCACACGAGUUGGGCGACUUUGCGCUUCUGCUGCAAACCGGCGUCAGUAUUAGGAGGGCCAUUUUCCUCAACAUUGUUUCGUCAGUGCUCAGCUUUAUUGGAAUGGCACUGGGACUGCUGUUGACGGGCAUGCACGAGUCGAUCGUGAGCUGGAUUUACGCUGGCACGGCCGGUACCUUCCUGUACAUCGCGUUAGCGGACCUGGUGCCGGAGAUGCGCAACGAUCUGGCGCGAAGUGACCAGAAGGUAAAAGUGAUCCUCAUACAACUGGUCGGGUUGACACUGGGCGCGAGCAUUAUGCUGCUGAUCGCACUGAAUGAAACGAAUCUACAAAAGUUAUUCGAUUAGAGUAUUGUAGGAUAGCUUAGUUUGUAGGGAGUGUAAAUAAAGAAACUGUAGUAUUUUUAUUAAACAUA